UCACGUGCUCCGGUCCUUUAGCCCGGAUCUCGGCCAAGCGGGUUGCCUGUGGCCGUCGCGUGUUGGUGAUGCUUCACUAAAUCGCAUUGCCGUCCCCUUGAAGAUUUUUUCUUUUUCCAAAGCUGAGUAGUAAACUCCAUCGCCGCGAUGCCUGCGUAUUUCCAGCGCCCCGAGAACGCUCUCAAGCGGGCGAACGAAUUUCUGGAGGUGGGCAAGAAGCAGCCUGCCCUUGAUGUUCUUUAUGACGUGAUAAAGAGUAAAAAACAUCGAACAUGGCAGAAGAUCCACGAACCGAUUAUGCUGAAGUAUCUGGAGCUCUGUGUGGAUCUUCGCAAGAGCCACCUGGCCAAAGAGGGCCUCUACCAGUACAAGAACAUCUGCCAGCAGGUGAACAUCAAAUCCCUGGAGGAUGUGGUCAGAGCCUACCUGAAGUUGGCUGAGGAGAAGACAGAAAUGGCAAAAGAGGAGUCUCAGCAGAUGGUACUGGACAUCGAGGAUCUGGAUAACAUUCAGACACCAGAGAGUGUCCUCCUAAGUGCUGUCAGUGGAGAAGAUACCCAAGAUCGAACAGAUCGCCUGCUGCUGACUCCUUGGGUCAAAUUUCUGUGGGAAUCUUACAGGCAGUGCUUGGAUUUGCUCCGCAACAACUCGAAAGUGGAGCGUCUCUAUCAUGAUAUUGCACAGCAAGCCUUUAGAUUCUGCUUACAGUACACACGAAAGGCAGAAUUUCGAAAACUCUGUGACAACCUAAGGAUGCAUUUGGGCCAGAUUCAGCGUCACCACAACCAGAGCACUGCCAUUAACUUGAAUAAUCCAGAGAGCCAGUCCAUGCAUUUGGAGACCAGGCUGGUUCAGUUGGACAGUGCUAUUAGCAUGGAGCUUUGGCAGGAAGCCUUUAAGGCAGUUGAGGAUAUCCAUGGAUUGUUCGCUCUUUCUAAGAAGCCUCCCAAGCCUCAGCUUAUGGCAAACUAUUAUAACAAAGUGUCCACCGUGUUUUGGAAGUCGGGCAAUGCUCUCUUUCAUUCCUGUACCUUGCAUCGUCUCUACCACCUGUCCAGGGACAUGAGAAAGAAUCUGACUCAGGAAGAAAUGCAGAGAAUGUCUACUCGUGUGCUUCUGGCCACACUGUCCAUUCCCAUCACUCCUGAGCGUACUGAUAUUGCUCGUCUUUUGGAUAUGGAUGGCAUCAUUGUUGAAAAGCACAGGCGUUUAGCUACCCUUUUGGGUUUGCAGUCCCCUCCUACCCGUCAGUCUCUUAUUAAUGAUAUGGUUCGUUAUAAUUUGCUGCAGUACACUGUCCCGGAGGUGAAGGAGUUGUAUAAUUGGCUGGAAGUGGAAUUUCACCCUUUGAAGCUGUGUGGCAGAGUAACAAAGGUUUUGAACUGGGUGAAGGACCAGACUGAAAAGGAACCUGAGCUGCAGCAGUAUGUGCCUCAUUUACAGAACAACACCAUCCUCCGUUUACUCCAGCAGGUGGCUCAGAUAUACCAGAGUAUAGAGUUUAGCCGUUUGGCUUCCCUUGUCCCUUUUGUGGAUGCUUUCCAGUUAGAGCGGUCAAUUGUUGAUGCAGCAAGACACUGUGAUCUUCAGGUGCGUAUCGAUCACACAUCUCGAACACUGAGUUUUGGGUCUGAUCUGAACUAUUCCACCAAGGAGGAUUCCCCCGUUGGCCCCUUCCUUCAGAACAUGCCUUCUGAGCAGAUAAGAAACCAGCUAACCGCUAUAUCUUCGGCCCUGUCUAAAGCCAUUGACAUUAUCAAACCAACAAGUAUACUGCAAGAGCGAGAUGAGCGCCAUCAACAGGCAAUCACAGCCUAUUUAAAAAACUCCAGAAAGGAACACCUUCGAAUCCUUGCUCGCAGACAAACCAUCGAGGAGCGUAAGGAACGCCUUGAAAGCCUCAAUAUCCAGAGAGAGAAAGAGGAAUUGGAACAGAGAGAGGCAGAGCUGCAGAAAGUACGCAAGGCCGAGGAGGAGCGACUGCGUCUUGAGGCGAAAGAGCGGGAGAAGGAACGCAUUAUGCAGGAGCACGAGCAAAUCAAGAAGAAGACCGUGCGAGAGCGCCUUGAGCAAAUUAAAAAGACAGAACUGGGAGCCAAGGCCUUCAAGGAUAUUGACAUUGAGGAUCUUGAAGAGCUGGAUCCUGACUUCAUUAUGGCUAAACAAGUGGAGCAGCUGGAGAAAGAAAAGAAGGAGCUACAGGAGCGACUGAAGAACCAGGAGAAGAAGAUUGACUAUUUCGAAAGAGCUAAGAGACUGGAAGAGAUACCUCUGAUUAAAAAGGCUUACGAAGAGCAAAGAGUGAAAGACAUGGAGUUGUGGGAGCUGCAGGAGGAGGAACGGAUCAACAUCAUGAAAGUGGAACGAGAAAAAGCUUUGGAGCACAAACAGAGACUCUCAAGAAUGCUGGAAGAUAAAGAAUACUUCUUGUCAAAAAUUAAAGCUGCUCGCCGCUCUGUUUAUGAGGAAAAACUCAAACAGUUCCAAGAAAGGCUGAUUGAAGAGAGAAAGAGGCGUUUGGAAGAACGUAAAAAACAAAGAAAGGAGGACAGACGCAAUGCAUAUUAUAGAGAAAAGGAGGAAGAAGCCCAGCGUCUGCACGAAGAGCAGCUAAAAAGAGAGAGAGAGGAGAAGGAGCGCGUUGAGCGUGAGCAGCGCGAAGAGGAAGAGCGAAUUUAUCAGGAACGCCUGCGAAAGCUGGAGGAGCAGGAGAGGAAACAGCGUGCCCGCCAGCUUGAGAUUGAGGAACGAGAGCGCCGCAAAGAGGAAGAGAGGAGAGUACCAGAUGAUAAACCCUUCUCAAAGGAGACCACUCCGCGGUGGCCUGACAGAGAUGACGGUGGCUGGAGAAAGAAAACUGAAGGUGGGGACUCUGACUGGCGUCGGCCUGGCAUGGAAAGUAAAGAAUGGCGACAAGAUGGUGGUGAAGAAGAAAAGCCAAUCCAAGAUGAAGACCAGGAUGCAGGUCUUAAGCGUAGUGCUGAUGAAAAACUACCAAAACGAGGCUUUGAUGAGGACCGUGGCCCCAGACGAGGCUUUGAUGAGGACCGUCCACCAAGGCGGGGCUUUGACGAAGACCGCGGCCCUAGGAGAGGCUUUGAUGAAGACCGUACACCGAGGCGGGGCUUCGAUGAUGACCGCGGCCCCAGGAGAGCCUUCGACGACGACCGCGGCCCCAGGAGAGCCUUUGACGACGACCGCGGCCCCAGGAGAGCCUUUGACGAUGACCGCGGCCCGAGACGGGGCUUUGAUGAUGACCGUGGCCCCAGGAGAGGCUUUGAUGAAGACCGUACGCCGAGACGGGGCUUUGACGAAGACCGCGGCCCCAGGAGAGGCUUUGACGAAGACUCCGGCACAAGAAGGGGUGAGGAGGAUGAGAAAGGAUCUAGACGUGGGGAAGAUUCCAGAGCAAGUCCUUGGAAACCACUUGGUAAACCAGGUGGCUGGCGAGAGCGAGAAAAGGCUCGUGAAGAAAGCUGGGGUCCCCCACGUGACAUGGGCGGCUCAGAAGAUGCGGACCGCAGUCAAGGAGGAGAAGAGGAUGAAGACAAUGAUCGUUUCAGAGAGCGGCGGGCACCAAGGGAGGAAGUUGGCAGUGCCUGGCGACGAAGUGGAACUGGGGAAACCAGCAGCUGGCGAGACGCUCCUCGGAAGGAUGACUGGGACCGUGGUGACCGUGAAAGACGUGACGAUCGUGACCGACGCGAGACAAGAGACAGACGAGAUGACCGUGAAAGAAGAGCUCCGCCAAGAGACAGUCGGGAAGAGGGGAGUACCUGGAGACGUUCCGGAGAGGAGCGAAAAGAGGAACUUCAGGAAGAGCGAGAAACCCCCCGCCGAGGGCCUCCACCCUCACGGGAAAAGGAACAAGAGCGAGAUGGAGAGCGAAACGCCUGGAGACCGGAGAAAGACAAAGAACCUCCGCGGCGCAGCAAGAACGAAAUCGAUGAUGAUGGCUGGACUACUGUCCGCCGUUAAGAAAACUCUCCCCCUGAAAUUCUCUUCUUUCUCCCUUUUGAUGUCUAUGCCAGAACCUUAGUCUCUUAAGUCCCUCAGCUUCAUAUUUUCAGAUUGUGUGCCAUUGGAAAGCAGAGGGAGCUCUUAUAAUCAUGUGCCGUUUAGCCACUGGCAAUGGGUAAGGUUGGCACAGAUGGUUUGCUUUGUGUAGACGUUGCCUUUUAUUGAUAAGUGAAAAGCUCUUACCAUCAAAGCCCUCGCACACAUCAUUUAAAGAUUUCUGCUGCUUGAUUGGGGAGCGCCGGCUCCUGGUGCAAACCCUUCACGUGUGGGAGACGGAUUGCUCUCUGCUGAUUGAUUGGAUGCAGGAGCCGAAUGCAGUGUUUGGUCCGGUCCGGGGGGGCACUUUUUGAUAUGGUUGGUAGAUACACUUGUUGUUGUUAUGCAAAGCGUGUGGCACGUGCAUUCCCAGACUUCCUCUCUGGCUUUCAGAUUAUUCAAAUCAUUUUUCAUCAAGUUAUUUACUUGCCUAAGGAUAUCGGUAAAAUAAUAUUUUAUAUAAAGUGUGAAGGUCACACAUCGUAUUCCAGGCUCCUGUGUUUUAACCGUACGUUCUUCAGCUUCACAUGUGGCUAGUAGUACUUGUGUUGGCAUUAAUAAAAUAAUAAAAAUGAAAAACUGACCAGGC